AUGAUGAACUUCAACAAGAUAAUAAGCCUGUGUGAAAAACGCGGUUUUCUGCACAAAACCAUCCAUCCGACUGUGCAUGUAGAGACUUUUAGACUAGGACCAGUUGGGGCGCUCCUACAGGAGAAUUUACGCACGGAGUGGUUUAACAGUAUCGUCAUUAACAAAGACAUUCAGGUUUUUCCUAGUCAGAACGGACUUUCGGACACUUACAACUUUGCCAAAGAAGCGUCUUUGAACAUAUUGCCGUUUGGGGUCACGCAAGUCGCGCAGAAGAAGCGACUGUGGGAAGAACAAUUUAAGAUGCAGGAGCACGACGGGGUGGAUUUUUUGAGCUACUUUGAGCACGACGAGAUUUUUCGGUGUUGGGUUUUCCUGAAUCCGUCAAAUGCGGUGCAGUUUUUUCAUCAGUGGCAAAGGGAGAGGCGAAUGUGGUGGAGAAAAUUUUCUACUUCUCCAGCUAGGUAUGUUUUGACGGACAUUAAAAAUGGCGACGGUAAUUCUCAGAGGGUGGAUAUUUUGGCGAAGUAUCCAUGGGGUGAGCAGCUGGUGGAAAGUUUGGGGUUGGUUAAUGAAGUUGAUGGGGUUACCAGUAGUCAGUUACAGAUUAAAGACGGAAAAAAGUUAGUUCAGGCACAAUGCGUUUUCAGCAAAAUAUACUCCUCUGUGAUGCUCCUCAACACCUUGUGUGACGCCUAUGACGAGCCUAUUUUUCAAGACAAUCCGCGACCUCUCUUACGAUUACAUCGCAAACUAGCGCCUUACAAAAUCAGCUUUUCCGUUCCUUCUGGAUCAAAGUCCCUAGUGGAUGAGUUAAAAGAUCUGGCACUGUAUAUAUGUCGGCAGUUGCGGAAAAACCACGUCUCUUGUUUGUUGCUGCCCUCGAGUUAUAAAAGCACGCUGGAUUCGCAGUGGAGGCAAUACGACCAAACGGGAAUACCCUACAAUGUGCUGCUUAAUGAAAACACCCUUAAGACUGGGAUCGCCCAACUGAGGAGUCGUGACACGACCUUGAAAGAGCAAGUUCACGUCACAGAUCUGCCGGACUAUGUAGAGAAAUUGUUUAAAAAUUAUUGAAUUUAAUAUAAUUGUGACUUGUU